CGGGUGGGAGUUCUCGCCUGUCCCCUGCCAGAGCGGGUUCCCGUAGGGUCCCGCUUCCUGCUCUUCUCCCUACCUCCCGGGGACGAGCAGUCUGCUCCCUGCUGGGGGAGGCCGGGCCGGAUAGCCUGGGCCGCCGCUCCGAGUUCCCGUGGGAGCCGCGCAGUGAACAGGUGUGGGAGGAGAUCCUCGGGAGGCAGGUGGACGGGAUCUCCUUCCCUUGCCAGCGUUAUUCCCUGCAGGGCCCUUGAACCUGCAGCCUCCCCUUGUUCGUGCCUUAGCCUGCCCCCUUUGCUCUUGGAUUUGACUUGUGUCAGGCGCGUACUGGAGAAACUCUAACCAUUAUUGCGGGCCUACUGGGAAAGGUGCCUUCUCUGUUGCAGAUAGUGGCACAGGUAGGCUAAUACAUAUCUUGGGAGCCCUGGUAUUUUUCUGAAUAAACUGUAGACAUGUCUGCACUUCUGACUCAAAGCGGGAAAGGGUCUGGAGAUAAAGUAAUUAUCACCUUUGUGGUGAUAAAACCUAUACUGAGAUACUAGUAGCUUCAAAAUAUAUUAACUAGACCUGUCACUAAGUGAAAAGCAUGUAAUAGCAUAACCAGAAAGACAUGGUAACUUAUGUUAAUUGCCUAAAGAUCCUCAACAUGUCUGAUUGGUUCAUUUCUUUAUAUCACUUAAUUUUUACUUGUUACUCUCAGGUUUUGGGGAGAAAGUGAGUCUUUAGAUGAAAAGUAGACUUAAUAUGUGAGGAAGUGAGUAAUAAUGUUUCACACUUGAAAUUUGAUUAUACUUCUUGGUUUGCGGAAUUUUAGGCUGUGUGGGAUGCUCUUAUGUCAUUGUCUGUCUGUCCAGUUUGGAGGCCUUCCAUUUCUGACUUUAACUACUGCUGUAUUUUCUUUGCAGUCCUGAGUUUAACCCAGAGGUGCACAAGCAGUGGGAUGCGCUCCCCAGGGGGAGGGGACACCACAAGACUAUUAAGGAAGAGGUUUUAUUCUCUCAGCGUUGCUCCCAAAGUUGAAGCGUCAGCAACUGCAGAGCGAGGAAAGUUACGUCUACAGCCACAGGAUCUCGAGAUCACAAGAUUACCAAAUGGUUUAGUGAUUGCAUCUCUGGAAAACUAUUCCCCUGCUUCAAGAAUUGGUGUGUUCAUUAAAGCAGGUAGCAGAUAUGAAACCACCAACAAUUUGGGAACCUCCCAUUUGCUCCGUCUUGCAUCAAAUUUGACUACUAAGGGAGCCUCGUCCUUCAAAAUUACUCGUGGCAUUGAAGCUGUUGGAGGUAACCUAAGUGUAACCUCCACAAGAGAGAACAUGAUUUAUUCUGUUGAAUGCCUACGUGACUAUGUUGAUACAGUAAUGGAGUACCUAAUUAAUGUCACUACAGCUCCAGAAUUCAGACCUUGGGAAGUAACAGAGCUUCAGGCACAACUGAAAGUUGAUAAAGCGGUUGCCUUUCAAAAUCCACAAGUUAGUGUUCUUGAAAACUUGCAUGCUGCAGCUUAUCGGAAUGCUCUUGCUAACUCCUUGUACUGUCCGGAUUAUGCAGUUGGGAAAAUUACACCGGAGCAGCUGCACCAGUUUGUACAGAACAACUUCACAAGUGCAAGAAUGGCUCUAGUGGGACUAGGUGUAAGCCAUUCUGAACUAAAACAAGUUGGAGAGCAAUUUCUGAAUAUCAGGAGUGGGGCUGGUUCUUCUGGUGUUAAGGCCCAAUAUCGUGGAGGUGAAAUCAGGGAACAGAAUGGUGAAAGCCUUGUGCAUGCUGCCAUAGUAGCAGAAGGAGUUGCUACUGGAAGUGCAGAAGCAAAUGCAUUCAGUGUCCUUCAGCAUAUUCUAGGUGCAGGGCCUCUUAUUAAAAGGGGAAGCAAUAUUUCCAGCAAACUGUUCCAGGCUAUCGCUAAGGCAACUAGUCAACCAUUUGAUGCUACAGCAUUUAAUGUUAAUUACUCUGAUUCUGGACUCUUUGGGAUUUAUACUAUAUCCCAGGCUUCUGCUGCUGGGGAGGUCAUUAAGGCUGCUUUGAACCAGGUAAAGGCAAUUGCUCAGGGCAGUAUCACUGAUGAAGAUGUCACAAGGGCUAAAAAUCAUCUGAAAGCCACAUUCUUGAUGUUAGUUGAGACCUCAGACGGAUUACUUGAUGAAAUCGGUUCCGAGGCAUUGGCAUCUGGUACAUGUACAUCACCAACAGCUGUAAUUCAAAACAUUGACUCCAUAGCCACUGCUGAUAUUGUGAAUGCUGCAAAGAAGUUUGUUGAUGGGAAGAAAUCAAUGGCAGCUAGCGGGAACUUGGGAAAUACCCCUUUUGUUGAUGAGUUGUAGUAGGAAACACAACUGAGGCAGAUUCAAAGUGGACUUUUCUCACUGUAUGCCAAUUAUAUAUACAUAAGUUACAAUCAACCUGUUUAUGAAUUCAAAUGUCAAGAAUAUUAAUCUAGAUAAUUAAUUUGUGGGCUUGCAUAUAUUGAAUUAAGUGCUGAGUUCAUAUACUUAGUUUUUGUUAAUAUAUUUAUCUACUGAAAGUAAGGUAUGUGUAAGUAUGGAAACACUGAACAUUAUCGAUUAAAAAUACUUAAAUGCCAA